CGAGCAUCAUCCAUUGCACCGCACUCAUCCUUUUGCUUGGAAGAAUGUCGAGGGUGCCGGCGGGGCUGUGGAAGAACCUCCUCGCAAUUCAAGUCUACGGUGCGAAUACUGGGGUUGGGAAGACUGUUUUUUCUACGCUUCUUGGAUCGCAUUUUAGCAAGCGCUUGGGCGGUAAAACAAAAUGGAGAGUGCAAUAUAUCAAGCCUGUUUCGACGGGGCCGGCAGACGAAGCUGAUGAUAGUUAUGUCCACAAAUACAGCGGAUCGCCAGUAUCCACGCUGUUCAAGUUCCAGGACGCCGUGAGCCCGCAUGUAGCGGCUCGGGAUGCACCUCAUAUUCCUAGCGAUGACCACAUCUGUCAGCGUCUCUUUGCAAGCCUCAGGGGAGAAGCAAAUAAGCAUGCUUUCAGAAGGGGAUACAUGGGUCUAUCGCUUGUUGAAACUGCUGGUGGUGUGCUCAGCCCAGGGCCUUCUGGAACGCCUCAAGCAGAUAUCUUCCGACCAUUGCGUCUCCCGGUAGUCCUUGUCGGAGACCAUAGACUUGGAGGUAUUGCAUCGACGAUAUCAGCUGCCGAGUCGUUGAUCAUGAGGGGUUAUGACAUCGAUGCUGUGGUGUGUUUCGACGACAAGAGCAAGUAUGAAAACGCCGCCUAUCUAAAAAACUACUUCAAAAAGUUGGAAAUCGCUGCAUUUGACCUCCCUUGGAUUCCGAAUCUAGAGGGUGUUUCGGAGCAAGAAGAGGGCGAUUUGAUGUGGAAAUACUACCAGACUGAGAGCCUGGCAGGGCAAACAUACAGAGUUGCUGAUAGACUCAUUGAUCGACACCUGGAGCGAAUGACAAACAUGAGGAAUAUGGCAUUUCGGACGAAAACAACUAUCUGGCAUCCCUUUACGCAACACAAACACGUUGAAAAAGCGAAUGAUAUCUUGGUCUUCGAUUCUGCAUACGGAGACUACUUUCAGGUCAAACAUACAGAGAAAUCUUGCAGAGACAUCGGUUUCAAAAGCGAUACAUCGCUUUUUUACCCGGCAUUCGACGGCUCAGCGAGUUGGUGGACACAAGGCCUUGGCCAUGGAAAUCCAAGGUUAGCGCUGGAAACGGCGUAUGCUGCGGGACGAUAUGGUCAUGUCAUGUUUGCUGGAGCGACACAUGAGCCCGCUCUGACACUUGCGGAACGGGUGCUCGAGGGUCUUGAUAACCCUCGCUUGAAGAAGGUGUUCUACACAGAUGAUGGGAGCACUGCUACCGAAGUUGGUAUCAAGAUGGGUAUACGAGCCAUGUGCAAGCGUUAUGGAUGGAAUGGAGCAAGAGAAGAGGUUGGCAUUCUGGGCUUGAAAGGCAGUUACCACGGUGACACAAUUGGUGCCAUGGACGCAUCGGAGCCUAAUGUGUACAACGAAAAGACGGAUUGGUACCGUGGCCGCGGCUACUGGUUCGACUAUCCAACCUUCAAGAUGAGGGGGGGACAAUGGAUUGUUGAGCCUCCUGCGGGUAUGAUCGAGGAAUUCGGUCCGGCUCAGUACUUCAAGCAUCAAGACGACAUAUUCAACCUUAAGAGCCGAGGUCGUUCUCUACCAUAUGAAGUGUAUAUCGAAAAGACCCUAGACAAACUAGUCAAACAAAAGGGCAAGAAGUUCGGUGCACUGGUCAUGGAGCCGGUGAUACUGGGCGCUGGAGGGAUGAUCUUUGUGGACCCGCUCUUCCAACAGAGUCUAGUUCGCGUUGUACGUAGAUACAACUUCUCGCCCGCUUCCGAGGCUGCACCACUGCUCGAAGCAGACAAGCAUGACUGGUCUGGUCUGCCCGUCGUUUUCGAUGAAGUCUUUACCGGCUUGUACCGCCUUGGCCGCUUCUCUUCCUCCACCUUCCUCGGCGUACAUCCUGACAUCAGCGUCCACGCCAAGCUGCUCACUGGAGGCCUACUUCCACUCUCCAUCACAGCAGCCAGCGAGUCAAUCUUCCAAGCCUUCUGGGGCGAUGAGAAGUCGGAAGCUCUCUUGCACGGGCAUAGCUACACGGCUCACCCCAUCGGUUGUCACGUUGCCAAUGUGAGUCUGGAGACCAUGGGUGCACUUCCAACGUCCUACGCAUGGAGGGGAUACAAGAAAGACUGGAAGACCGUCGAACAAGAGACAGCGACGGGUAGGUGGAGUCUCGGCGUUGUAACACCAGAGGCUGGGGAAGACAAAAGCCUGUGGAGCAUGUGGUCUCAAAAGUUCGUCGUCAGGCUGUCAAAGCACAAGCUUGUCGACCAUGUCAAUGCACUGGGCUCUGUUCUGGCCAUCUCACUGGUCGACAAAACCGGAUCUGGUUACACUUCAACCGCCGCCGUUGAGCUCCGUGAUGCGCUCCUGAAUGAGCCGUCCUUCGCUCAGGUCCAGAUCCACUCUCGCAUCCUGGGCAACGUCAUCUAUCUGAUGGCGAGUAUGACGUCGAAGCCAGGGCAUCUGGCCGCUGUCGAGGCGGCGUUUGAGGAAAAACUAGACAAUUUGAAGUAGAAGGUAGAGAUGAACAAAAACCAGGGUGAAGGGUGUGACAGCAUUGUACAACGAGACUUUGACGGUAGAACGGAAAUAUUCUGGAACGUAGCACAACUGACGCAUCGC